UGUUUCAGCUGCUAACUGAGACACUUUUAAAAGACACAUGACUUCCAGGAUCAGAGGCUGCAUAUCUCUGAAUGUCAGUUGCUGGGAUCAACUCUACUGCCAUCAUCUUGGGUGGAUCCCAGAAAUGUCUGAUUGGCCACUGGGUGCAACAAGAUACUGCAUUGGAUUAAGCUUUGAACUGAACCAGCAGCAGGACUCUUCUAAUCCUCUUGUCAGCAGCAAAGUUCAUGCUAAACUCUCACGCACCACGUGACCCAUGUCAAACUUUGAAGCAGCAACUUUGUUUCCUCCCAAACAUGUUUUUUUCCAACUCUGCACCUGCCCCUCAAGCCACACAGAGACUUCAGGUUGUUGCAGAGAUGAAUUUCCUUCCCCUUAUAAUUAUCAACAUCAUAGUGAUUUCUUCUGCCUUGUUCCUGAGGGAAAAGUUGGUGCACAGAAGAUCACCUGUGUCAGAGACAGACUGAAUCACGAUUGAGAGUAAGAGGGGUGGGAUACAUCUGUGUGAGGUUUAAUGGCUCUGAAGCUAUCGCUCACCACCACCCAUAUUGGAUAAAUAAGACUUUUUGGGCUUCUUCUGAUGUAGCUGGCUAUGGGGGAGAGAGGAGCACUCGCAAGAGAGGUGUAGCAGUCAGUCAGAAUGAGAUCCCAGAUGCUGAUGCUGCUCAUUUUGCUUGAAUCCUGUGGAAACCUGAAGGCAAAAUGCCCCUUGAAUCCAAUCCGGGAAGGAAUCAAAGCACAGAAUUAUUUCCAGACUGGCGACUUCCUCAUUGGCGGGAUAAUAUCUCCAACUUUGAUUUCUCUACAACUUCCAUACAUCUUUUCACAGCCCCCAUUAACCAGGUUUAAGGAUGAAUUGCCAUUUAGGUUCUACUGGCAUAUCUUGUCCUUCUUGUUCACCAUCCAAGAGAUCAACCAGGAUCCCAGGCUCUUACCCAACAUCACAUUGGGCUACAGCCUCUAUGAGAACUAUUACAAUGCAAGGAUCACUUCCGAUGCCAUGCUAGACCUGUUUGCAGGUGGGGAAAGCAAUAUUCCAAACUAUCGCUGUGGAAAAUGGAAUAAUAUCUUGGCUGUUCUUGAAGGAACCAAUUCCAUCAUCUCCAAAGUGAUUUCAACCAUGUCAGGCAUGUACAAAAUCCCACAGAUCAGUUAUGGCUUUGUAUCUGGGGUUGUUGAUGAGAACACCAAAGUCCCUUUUGUCUACCGUAUGGUCCCCAAUGAAGAAGCUCAGUACCUGGCGAUUGUAAAGUUCCUCCAGCAUUUUAGAUGGACAUGGAUCGGCCUCUUUGCUCCAGACAGUGAGAAUGGAGAAAGAUUCUUGAGUGCCAUGACAUCUCUGAUGGUCAGCAAUGGAAUUUGUGUUGCCUUUUCAGUAAAAAUACCAGAAAAGAAUGUAUCUAAGAGGUUCACACAAAGUGAAUUAAUUGCCCUACGGAGACAGACCAAUGUAUUCCUUUACUAUGUAAACGUUCAUACAGCAAUGCGUUUCAUUAUGCAACUACAAGAAGAACAGGAGAAAGAAAUUGGGCCAAAAGUAUGGAUCACAACAGCUUUUCAAGACCUUGACAUAAAUUUGUUUUUCGGUCCCAAGAACUUGAAGUAUAUCCAUGGUUCAUUCUCCUUUGUAAUGAAGACCAAAAUAAUGAGCAAACGUGACUGCUGUAAAUCAGAGUCCUAUCUUCGUAAUCUUUUGCGGCAAAAAGCAUUUAGUUGUUCAUACUCAAAUCACGUCCUCACUGUGAGAGGUUGGACAAGAUGCAGAGAUGUGGAGAAUCCGGAGGUGCCGUCUGAAGAGGAGCUGCAGAGUGUUCUGUCUCAAGACAGCCACAGAACAUACUUCAGUGUCCAAAUCAUGGCACAUGCUUUAAAUGUUGCCUGUUCAUCUAGAUCAAAGCAGAUGUUGAUGGCGGGUGGAGGAGACCAGUUGGCAUGUCAAAGGCUAGAGCCAUGGCAGCUUCACCCUUUCUUAAGAGAAACCCGGUUGUUGAACACUUCCAUGGGCGGACUGUAUUUGGGUGAGAAUGGGGAGCUGCCAAUCAUGUUUGAUAUUGAGAAUUGGGUGGUGCUUCCCAAUGAGUCUUGUGUUAGAGUGAAAAUUGGGAGUAUAGAGAGAGAGGCAUCCACUGACUUCAAGCUCGCCAUUAACCCAGAAGCUAUUGUGUGGCCCAAGUGGUUCAACCAGACUGUGCCUCACGCCAGGUGUACCAAAAGGUGUCGCCCAGGAUAUGCCAAGGUGGUUCAAGAAGACAAGCCGGUUUGCUGCUACGCUUGUGUUCCGUGUGGGGAAGGGACCAUAUCCACACAGGAAGAUGCAGAGCGUUGCACCAAAUGUCCAGAAGAAGAAUAUCCAAACAAGGACCGAGAUCACUGCAUUCCGAGGAUUAUCACCUUCCUAUCAUAUAAAGAAUAUUUGGGGAUUCUCCUGACUUCUUUGGCUCUCUUCCUGUCCUUAACCACAGGCUUUGUUGUAGGGAUCUUCAUGAAAUACAAGGAAACUCCCAUAGUCAAAGCCAACAACAGGGACCUCUCCUACCUCCUCCUUGUCUCCCUCCUGCUGUCCUUCUUGUCCUCCUUCCUCUUCAUUGGCCGUCCCAGGAAAGUCACCUGCCUCCUUCGACAAACGGCCUUCAGCACCAUCUUCUCAGUUGCUGUAUCUUCUUUGCUGUCCAAAACCAUCAUGGUGGUGCUGGCCUUCCUGGCCACAAAGCCAGGGAACAGGGUGAGGAGAUGGUUAGGGAAAAGUCUGGCCAACUCCAUUGUCCUUUCCUGCUCCAGUGUCCAAAUGGUCAUUUGCAUCAUUUGGCUGUGUAUCUGUCCCCCAUUCCCAGACUCUGACAGGCAUUCCCAGGCUGGAGAGAUCACCCUGCAAUGCAAUGAAGGGUCUGUUGCCAUGUUUUAUGCUGCCCUCGGUUACAUGGGCUUCCUGGCUGCCAUCUGCUUCACGGUGGCUUUCCUGGCCAGGAAGCUGCCUGGGGCCUUCAAUGAAGCCAAGCUGAUCACCUUCAGCAUGCUGGUCUUCUGCAGCGUUUGGGUCUCCUUUGUGCCCACCUACCUGAGCACAAAGGGGAAAUACAUGGUAGCUGUGCAGAUCUUCUCUAUCUUGGCUUCUAGUGCUGGGCUUCUGGGCUGCAUCUUCAUUCCCAAAUGCUACAUUCUUGUGCUGAGGCCUGAUCUGAACACAAAGGAACACCUGGCCACAAAAACUAAUGUUGUUGCCUGAUUCUUUACAUGUUUAUAACUGUUUUCCUCCCGAGUUCCCUUGGGAAUGAAUGUAUCUCCUUAGAUAAAGUUUGUUCUUAAUUUUUCAUUCAUCUUGAAUGAUGAAAGGUAAUCAUUGUAUCACAUACCUGGAGAGUGUCUGGACUUACAACUUUUAGGGAUAACCCUACCUGUAGAGUCUCCUGGAGUGCCGCCUCCCUCUUCAAACAUAAUUAUCGUUCUCUACCAUAUCCAGUUUGUACUUUGACAUGACCCACCUUCCUUUCUUCCUGAGUUCAUAACCUAAGCCUAAAUAAUAACUUAGUGUAACUUGAAAUUCUGCUUCUAGUAUUAAAAACAGCAACUGAAAAAUGGAAUCUCGCUUGAGUGUAUUAAUGCUUGAGGGAACCUUCUUAAGGCCCUUGGGGCUGGACCUCAGUAUCUGGUCUGGACGAUGGGUGUGGAGACGCUCCUUUAGAUAUACAGGGCCAAUGUCAUUUAGGGUUUUCAAGGUCGGCAUCAACAAAUGAAUGUGGCAGCUGUCUGUUUGGUGGGAGUGAGAGGGGCACCACGAUAGCUGGAGGCAGAGACAAUGAUGGAGAAGAACCACCACUUGUAAGUCGGAAGGCAGGUGAGUGUUGGUGGCAUGAAGGCAGGUUGAGAUUGGCGGGCAGUCCCCACUCACCCCCAUGGAGCAGACCUCUCACUUAUUUGCACUGAGCUGCUGAAGAAGGGCAGGAUCCAUCCUUUUUGUCUCCCUCUCUUAUAUAGCACCAGCACUCAUAGACAUCCAAUGAACCUGAAGGUUGGGAGAUUGAGAGCAAACAAAAUAUUGAAUCAUGCAGUGCAUAGUUACUUCCCCCAAAUGCCAGUCGCUGGUGACCAGUGCCUGGCAAGGCCCAUUGCUUUCAUGCCCUGCUUGUGAGCUUCUCAGCAAAGUCUGAUAGGCCACUGUGUUGCAGGACUAGAUGGGAGUUUGGACUAACCCAGCAGGGCUGUUCUUAGCAAAGUUCAAGCCAAACUAAUCCCCGAAAUGCAAGUGACUCGUGUUGCAGUUUGAAGCCACAUCUGUGAUUUGGUGUAAACAUAUUUUCCCCCAGCUCUGUCAUUGCCCCUUGAACCAUAUAGAGAUCCCAAGAACUUUCUUCCCCUUAUAAUUAUAAAAAUGAUAGUGAUUUAUUCUUCCCUAAGCUCAAGAGAGAGCUCUGGCAAUUGCCCAAACAUCAGAAGGCAAGGAAGCAUGAUGUUAUACGUAUCACACUGUGCUGGAGGGUGUUGACUUCUUCUGAUUACCUGGCUGUGGGGAAGAAAGGAGAAGUGAAAAUAGAGGUGUAGGAGGCCAAGCCAGAAUGACCUCCCUGCUGCGGCUUCUGCUGCCGCCUCUGCUUCUAAUGCCCCAUCAAGUUUGUGGGAAACUGAAAGCAAAGUGCUCUUUAAAUUUGAUGAGGGAAGAAAAUGAAGCCCACAGUUACUCCCGGCCUGGAGACUUCCUCAUUAGCGGAAUCAUAUCUCCAAGAAGCUUUGCUGAGCAACUUCCAUAUAACUUUCCCCAGUCCCCAGCAACCAAGCUUAAAGUGUAAGUAAUUAGAUACAUCAUGGAUGUCAUGCUUCUCCACCACCGCUUCAAUGGUUCCCUUUCAAAGGGAAAUAGUUC